UUUCCACCUUUAUCUCUCACUCAGCGCAAAAAACUUAGGGUUUUCCAAAGACAGAUAACACAAGCAACGCCUUCAGCAGUGUGAGAGAAUAGAGAGAGAGGAAGCAAUGGCGGCGCAGCCUCUCGAGCAGGUCCAAUGCUUCGGUCGCAAGAAAACGGCGGUUGCGGUUACCUACUGCAAGCGCGGCCGCGGGCUCAUCAAGAUCAAUGGCUGCCCAAUCGAGGUUGUUGAGCCUGAGAUCCUACGGUUCAAGGCCUUCGAGCCGAUUCUUCUGUUAGGGCGGAGCCGCUUCGCCGGCGUCGACAUGCGCAUCCGCGUCAAGGGCGGUGGACACACUUCUCAGAUCUACGCCAUAAGGCAGAGCAUAGCGAAGGCGCUGGUUGCGUUCUACCAGAAGUACGUUGAUGAACAGAGCAAGAAGGAGAUCAAGGACAUUCUCGUCAGGUACGAUAGGACCUUACUUGUUGCUGAUCCAAGGCGCUGUGAGCCUAAGAAGUUCGGUGGUCGUGGCGCUCGCGCGAGGUUCCAGAAAUCUUACCGUUAGGGAGAGAAAAGGAGGGGUUUUUUGGGGUAUGGGGUUUCGGUUCAUGUUUUAUGCUGUGGAAAACUCUUAUUGAGCAGUAGUUAUAUUAAGUCUUGGAGAUUUUAUUGCGUUUUGAUUGUUA